AUGGCAGAACUCGAUAUGGAUGUCGACUUGGCGCCGCCAAUGAAGUUUGACGAGCAUGCGGACGAGGAUCUGAUCGACUACGAUAUCGACACAACGGAAGACCACAGCCACGAACAGUCUUCAUCUCACCAAGAUGAGCACACUUCAGGUGCGCCAGAACGUGUGCAUCCAGUCCAAGAUAUGGAAGGCGCCAAUUCGACAUACACCGAAGUUGGACAAGCCGGAGAGAAUUUUCAGCAUUCGGAAGUGAGCCACCCGCAGGGCGACAUGGACUAUGAACAUGCUGAGGAUGCUGUUAAAGAGUCGCACCAAGAUAAAGAUACUGCUCCGGAAACAGAGCAAGCAAAAGACUUCCAUGAGACUGAUGGAAACGCAAUUACUGGCGACAUAGUUGUUGCUGAGGCAGAGCACGCCGUAGAUGAGAUUGAUUACGAGGACGAAGAUGCUACAGUUACACAAGAUUUUCUCAAGAAGCCGGGCGAUGCAAACAGUGGCGUGCAGGAGGGUCACUCAAAUGACGACAUGGCUGCUGCAGGAAAUAUCGCCAGUACCACCACAGCAGAGCCUGCUAGCCUUCUUUCAGCAGAAGCACCCGUUGGUAGCUCCGAGGUGCCAGAGCCAGCAUCCAAAGAUGACGAAGAUGAGAUAACCUGGGAGAAUGACGGUGAAGAUGACGCAGAAAAGCAUGGCGAACACGAGCCCGCAGCUGAUGUUGGAGACACUGUCGCUGAAUAUGACCACGCUGAGAUUGACCCCGAUCAAGUGUAUGAGCAGCAUGCUCACGCUACAGACUCAGAUUAUGAUGCAGACGCCGCGGUAGAAGUUUCGGAAGAGAAGACAUCUCCGGCAUACCAUCAAGACGAUUCGCUAUCGCAAGCAGAAGAGCAGGAUUCAGAAGCGGCUGAUUUCCCAGCAAUCACUGUGCAAUACAAAGGAGACGAAUUCCCAUUCUUUUCCCAAGAGAAAACGGAGGGUUUCUUCUCUGAUCUAUCGGUCUUGGACCACUCGAUGGAAUCAGUGCUUGUUGGACUACGAUCAGAGCUGGAGAAUGAGAUUGCCGCACAAGAUGAACUUGUUUUUCAAGUUGAUGAACUUGGGCUUGAAUUUGCAGAGGCGACAGCGCAUGAUGCACUCACAACCAUUACGCUGCGACAAGUGUUGGAGGUCUUUGACUUGCUAGUAAAGAAUCAAGAUCCUGAUAGCUCACGAACUCUAUACACGUACCUCUUUACGAGAUCGAGCGCUAGUAAAAGAUUUGAGUUUCUGUCUGAGAGCGCAGCGGCUGGAAGAGGGCUUGAUGAAGUGAUUCAUCUUUUUGAGAAUCCUAUUGGACAUCACCACGGUCUUGCUGAAGCCGAGCAUGAGCACGGUCAUGAUGAUGGCGAGGAUAGCGAAACAAACGAGGCUACGGAAAUUCAUGAGAGCGCCGAAGACGACGACGAGAACGAAGAAAAUGAAGGUGCGGAUGCUGAUACCGAACAGUCCGAGGCUUCAGAAGAAGAUGAAGAAGAAGAGGAUGAGGAUGAAGAGGAGACUUCAGCCGCCGAGGAGCAACCUGUGGAAUCUGCAGAUCAGUAUGAGGACGAAGAGGAAGAAGAGGAAGAAGAAGAUGAAGAUGUCGGCGAAGACUUCAUGGCAGAGGCUGAAGACUUCAUUAGAGAUGCUGAGGAGAACGCGAACCAAGAAGGGGAGUAUAGUGAUGAUGCAGAAGAGAGCUACGAGCAGCUUCAAGCUGUGGUUGUAGAGCCCGUAAAUCAUUCCGGGCAUGCGGAUGCAACUGCAGAGGCCGAUGAUGCGCCAGAUGCAACGUAUUCAUACGAUGACGAAGAUGAAGACGCUGAUGCCAAUCCGUUUAUCCACCUCGAGAUGCAGGAGACUAUGGUGGAUGACGGAGUUGAAAUUCAAUAUGAGACCAUGGCACAUGUGGAAGAGGGCAACCAAGACUCACAUCAGCUUGCUAUGCAUCCAGUAGACGAAUAUAUAGACACCAAUGAGGCGGAAACCGGCACGACCAACACACUAGCCGACAACGCAGAAGCCAUCUCUACCCUGUUGGAUAUUGGCGCAGAUCAAGGGCUGGAAGAGAUUACCAACGAGGAUCUAGCCUUUGAGGAUGAGAUGCCUGAAAUCGACUGGAGAGAUGAUGUAGACGCCCACGACGAUGCCAAAGACGAGAUGGCCGCUGCAGACUCUGGCCUAUCAAAACGGCGUCGCUCCGAGGACGAACAAGGCGUGGAAGACGAACAAGAUGCAAAGCGCCGUCGACCAUGAUUCUUUUCCAUUCCCGCCAAGACUAACAACGAGGACGAAGCCAAUUCCCCCCCAAAUGCAUAUUGUCACAGCCACGUCUGGACCAGCCUGAUGGGGCGAGAUGGCCCAUUUCUUGUAGCGGAGUACUAACCACAGUCAGUAGCGUGACCUUUUUACGAAUUUCGGAAUCCCUGAUGACUAUCUACACGCACCAUAGGACACGCCACUGCACAUUUCACGCUUCUGACUGAAAAUAAGACAGGAUUCCAGGUAGGGGCCUGAAUGGCUAUACUAACAAUUCGAAACUGUACGACUAUGUAGCCGCAGGCGACUUCGCUUUUGCGGCGCUGAGCAAUCAGCUUGUUUACCAGCUUCCUUUCUUUUUUUUUGCAACUUUUCGUUGCCUAUUUAUUCUUUUCUCCCACCCCCUUUAACAUUUUUAUUUUGCCUUUGUUUCAUAUGAAGGUUGGCGGCUUUGAUAUCACAUACUCUCGAUUUAAGAGCCAGAUUAGUAUUUGGCGUAGGCUAUAUGCUUUCCACUUGAAUCACUGGAGAAAGGAUAGAUAUUUGGAGGGCUUUUAUGGCGUGACACUGGAGGGAAAAAAGGAUGCCACGCAAGGGAUAUUUUGGCGUUUUGGAAACUCGGCUCUGGUAGUAUCUAGUAGAAGGUCAAGUAUGUCUGCAUAUAGAUUAUUGCUUAGUUCUACGGACGGAGAGGUCUGUUUGCAUGUCUUAAUGCAUACAUUGAGUUGAGUAAUGCUAG